UACCGACGCAUAUAUAUGUAUAUAAAUACGUGUAUUUGUUUGUAUAGAUAGUCAUUGUCUGCACCAAUUUGACAUUAUUGUCUUUCAUUAUAUAUAUUAUUUAACAAAAAAUUAAUUUGAUUUAUGAAAAUGAUUAACCAUGUGCUUUAAAAAACAUUAUAUCACCUGAAUUUCUUGAAGAGUUUACCUUAUAGAACUAUGCAAACAUCAGAUUCAACAUGGCAAGUUGGUCGAAAAAACGCCGUUUGGACAGUGAUUUUGAUUUGAUAAUAACGCAAACGAAUUUACAAAAAGAAAUGUUUUGCUGGGGAAGUACUGUACAUGGAGAACUUGGUCUCGGUGGAAUUGAAGAUGAAAAUAUUCUUUCACCACGAGUAAUUGAUUUUGAAAAAGCUUCAGAAGUCGAACAAAUUGCCUGUGGUGAAAAUUACACAAUUGUUAUUACUCGAGAUGGACAAAUGUAUUCGUGUGGAAAUAAUGACUUUGGACAGUUAGGACAUGAGAAAGAUAGAAAAAAAAGAUUAGAGUUAAUUCCAGAAUUAGAAACUUUUGCAUUCAAAAAAGUUGCAUGUGGUGCUUAUCACAGUUUGGUUAUUAAUGAAUGGGGUCAAGUUUUUUGUUGGGGAUGCAAUACUGAGGGACAAUUAGGAUUAGAUUCGUCAUCGAUUGCUGAGAGGAUACCUCGAAUGCUAAAGGCCCUAGCAACAAGGAUAGUUGUUCAAAUAGCUUGUGGUCUGAAGCAUGCACUGGCUUUAACAAAUAAUGGAGAAUUAUAUUCUUGGGGAUCAAAUAAAGAAGGUCAAUUGGGAAUUGGUUCGCAUAUUAAAAAAGAACUCAAACCGAAACUAAUCUCUAGUUUAGCUGGUAUUCCAAUUGCUUUUAUUGCCUGUGGUGGUUAUCAUAGUAUAGUCGUAUCAAAAUCAGGAGCAAUUUUUGGUUGGGGAAAGAACAAUUUUGGUCAACUAGGAUUAAAUGAUACUCAAGGAAGAAAUCUUCCAUCGCAAUUAAGGACAUUAAGAAAUUCAAAAGUUCGAUAUGUGUCAUGUGGAGAAGAAUUUUCAGUGUUUUUAACAAUGGACGGUGGUGUAUUUACAUGUGGCGCUGGAAUGUACGGUCAACUCGGACAUGGGAGUUAUAGCAACGAAAUUUUACCACGUCAAGUCGCUGAACUAAUGGGUAGUGUUGUUACCCAAGUGGUUUGUGGAAGAAAACAUACACUGGCCUUUGUUUCAAGAGGAGGAAGAGCUUAUUCUUGGGGUUUAGGUGGCGCAGGACAAUUAGGAAUUCGUGUUGCAAAAAGUGUAACAACACCACAAGUCGUACUUGGACCAUGGUUAUCUUCAAAUGAUGUUUUCAGCAGUAAAGUUGAACCUUCUCUUAGUCCAUACACGAAGAAUUGUGCCCUGAAACAUAUCUUUAGCGGCGGAAGUGGAAAUCAUUGUUUUGUAACAGUGACACAAAUAAAGGAUAAUAUUAAUCCCGAUGAUUGUAGAAUAUUACCAUCAAGCUCGCAAAUAUUGACCAUAACAGAGGAGCAAUUAAUUGCCUGUCAAAAAGUUUCUUUUGGAGCUUCCAUUGAUCAUGAUCUUUUCACAUAUCUAGAGACUGUUUUUAGAAGUUUGGCUUGCAUUAAUGCAUCUUUUCUUCUUGCGAAUGAUGCACAUUAUGGAUGUUCCAGUAAACAUCAUGGCAUUGAUAUUAAUCAAGCGAAAAAAUUAUUUGGCAUCAUUUCCGAAUUUGAUAAUGCAACUAUUAAAGAAUUGAUUUCGAAUUGUAUUUUGGAUCUUCUAAAAUCUUUGGCACCAUCGCCACCGGAUGUAGAGACACUGAGAAUUUAUGUUUUAUUGCCUCUCUAUCAUGGAUUUGCCGAUCCUUUGAAUUGCAAUACUCUUCAUAGACCAUUUACAAAAUCAGUGCUAGAUUUAAAACUCGAGGCAAGAAAAAUUGUUGGUCUUUGGUGGAGAAAUACACCGGCAUUUUAUUUUGAACGAUUAGUACGAAUCUAUAAAGCAUUGGUACAAAAUUUUUUGAAAGAAACAAAAAUCACGGAAAAUAAACCCAUCAUUCAAGACUACAUGUUGAAACUUGCUCUGACAAUGUUAAAAUUUCUCUACGAUCUCAAUCAAAAUUCAGAAGGUCAACGAGUAUCAUAUGAUGUAUUUCAUUUGCCUGAUUUAGUGAAUCUUGUAAAUAUUCAAUUGGAUUAUUAUAUAUGGUUAACGGACAAUAGUCGAUCGCAAAGAAUACAUUUAUGUGAUUUUCCAUUUCUUUUUGAUGCGGAAGCAAAGACAAUAUUGCUUGAAACUGAUCAAGCUAUUCAGAUGCAAUCAGCGAUGAAUGAAGCAGCCACAAGGAAUAUUACCCACAUGUUUUUAAAUAUGUUCUCAACUUCUGAUCCUGUUCAGCAAUUUGUCAUGCUUAAUGUUUCUCGAGAAAAUUUAGUCGACGAUACACUGAGAGAAUUAUCUCAAUAUGAGUCGAGAGAUUUGAAAAAACCACUUAGAGUAAAAUUUCACGGUGAAGAGGCAGAGGAUGCAGGUGGAGUAAAGAAAGAAUUUUUCAUGCUUCUUCUCAAGGAAAUAUUAGAUCCAAAAUAUGGAAUGUUCAAGGAAUAUGAGGAAACAAGAACAAUUUGGUUCAAUGAAUAUACAUUUGAGGAUGUAAAAAUGUAUUUCCUGAUUGGAUUACUUUGUGGUCUUGCUAUCUACAAUUUCAUCAUAAUUGACUUACCAUUUCCUUUAGCACUAUACAAAAAACUUUUAAACGAGCCAGUUGGUCUUAAUGAUAUCAAGGAUAUGGAUCCAAUUUGCGCCAAGAGUUUUCAGGAUAUUUUGAAUUACACAGAGACUGAUUUUGAAGAUGUUUUUUGUCUCAAUUUUGAAAUUACUAGAGAAGUUUAUGGAGAGAAUAAAAUUUACGAAUUAAUACCUGGCGGAGGUAAAGUUCCUGUUACUCUAGAAAAUAAGAAACAAUACGUGGACCUGAUGGUAGAUUAUAUUUUAAAUAAAUCGGUGGAAAAUCAAUUUGAUGAAUUUAACAAAGGUUUUCAUAAAGUUUGCGGUGGUCGUGUAUUACAACUCUUUCACAGUCAUGAAUUAAUGGCUGUAGUUGUUGGAAAUGAAAAUUAUGAUUGGGAAGAGCUUGAAAAAAAUGCUAGCUACAAAGAAGGAUACACAAAGAAUGAUCCAACUAUUGUUCUUUUUUGGCAAGUUUUUCAUGAAUUAUCUUUGGAAGAAAAGAAGAAAUUUUUACUCUUUUUGACUGGCAGUGAUCGAAUUCCCAUUCAAGGAAUGAAAGCAAUCAAGAUAACGAUUCAACCAAUGACAGACGAAAGAUUCCUUCCUGUUGCUCACACUUGUUUUAAUCUUUUAGACUUGCCACGAUAUCAAACUCGAGAAAAAUUAAGAUAUAAAUUAUUACAGGCAAUUCAGCAAACGCAAGGUUUUUCUUUAGUUUAGAAUUUGAUUAAUUUUGACACUUAUAAAAACUAAUUCAACGAAAAAUUUACAACUAAAAGUACAUUAAAAAAUAUAUAUUUUAAAAAAAUUCUUUAAAUUGAUAUUAUUAAUAAUAUGAUUUGACGCUUUAAAGGAAAUUUAAUUUUUUAAAAAUACGAAACAAUUAUUUUAUAGUUAACAAUCUUUUUUUUUAAAUAAUAAAUGAAAACUCAGGGAAGUGUUAUUUGGGAAAUGUUUAAAUAUUGAACAUGUAUGUACAAUGCAGAAUUAUGACUAAACUGUAAAAAGAAAAUUUGUACAAAGAUUUUUGCAGAUAAGCAUUUAUUUAUUAUUUAUUGCUAAUGAUAAAUAUUUUACUUUUUAUUCUCUCUAUAAAAGGUAGUCGAAUACUGUUGUUAAACAUAUUUAUAUAUAAUAUACAAAUCUAUUUAUCUUGAAAGAAAAAAAGGAAUCUAAUUUUUGGGCUUCUGUAUUUUAUGAAUAAAAAUAAUAUUUUAGUUUAAAAUAAAUAAGUCUCAAAAACUUUUAUUACAUUUAUUCAUGGCAAUAUAUAUAUAUACAUAUAUAAUACACCAUUUUAAAAAGGAUAAUCGUUAGUCGGUUACCUAUACUUGAAUUACAUUACAAAAAUAUUAAUAUCCCUUUCGUAUUUACAUUCACAGCUUUUUAUUUUCGAUUUUUCGUUCGUCUCGAGUUUUGGUUUCGAUUUGUUUAUUUUUUAUUUCGCGCGCGCGUGUGUGUUUGUGUGUGUACAUAGAUUCGACUAUCUUCGAAGCUAAAUUUUCGAUAUUUUGUUAUUUCUCGACUUUUUUUUAAAACACAAUGCCCUGCAUCAAAUAUUUUGCGAUCAGAAGCGUUAGUUUCUCAAUUUAUUAAUAAAAACGCGAGCCAAAGCAAUUGGCGAAAAGAAAAAUUGAAUUAUAUAAUUUCUUUCAGUCAACAAAACUUGCGGUACUCUUUAAAAGAAAAUUUUUUAAAUUAUAUAAAUUAAAUUUUAACAUACUGUUAAUAAAUAUUAAUAAUAUAUUAAUUUGAAUUUAUAUUUUAAUAAAU